CUCAGAGUGAAGUAACGUCAACCGAGGCAACUUCUGCCAAGUUUUAAAAUGGGCUUGCGAGCAGCAGGGGUCUCCCAGACCUCGGCGAGCUAUUUCUAAACAGCCUGCCGUUGUGUGCUGGAGGAGGGAGCUGUGUCUGUAGCGCAGUGCUUUGAAACGUGUCUCAUUACCAUCAGAAAAGCCAAAGAACCUUCUGUCCAGGAGCCAGCGAUCGGGCAAAGUGCGUCGGAAAGCGACCAUGAAGGAACAAAUCUUUUAGCUUUCAAAGAUGCUCACUGGAGCUGCUUUCGAACCUGUUGAGCAGGGGGACUCGUGCAACAGUUGAAGAGAAAUGUGUGGAUUACGUUUAAUUACGUUUGGGAUCUAUGCCGCCCUGGCUUGGAGUUCAGAUGGAGCCCAUUCACAGGCUUAUAGUCAUUCAUUGGACAUUCAUUCAUCAUACUACACUUAUGAAUAUAUAACAACACCCUUAAAGUGGCAGCACGCAUACAAAUAUUGUGAGCUACGCUUUGGCAGCCUGCCUGGUGUCAGUGAUGUGGAAGAAAAGAGUGUUCUGUUGGACCUGUUAGCUUUACAAGGUGUUAAUCAGCAAAUAUGGAUGAAUGGAGAAUCGAAUGUGGCAAAGAGAAGGGAUGAAACCUUGGAGGGAAACAGACAUCUAGCAGUGUUGAAGUUCCCAAUUAAAACGGACACCAAUUAUGCCAGGAUUCUCAGCGUGCUGCCUUCUAUGUCGGCUGUUACAGCCUGCGUGCGCCUACAGUGGGACAACCAGACAGACACCAUUGCCACGGUAUUCUCCUACGCUGUUCCGAUGUUCACGAACGCAUUUCAGCUUCGCGGCCGCAUCAACGACACUGGAUUCAUCCAGCUGGCCCUGAUCGUACACGGGCACCACACGGCUUAUCGGACAGCGCUGAGGAGCGAUGGGCAGUGGCACCACAUUUGCGUUACGUGGCGAACAGAGAAGGGGGCUUGGUCUUUCUACGCUGACGGCCAGGAGGUGAGUUCAGGAGAGGGUUGCCACAGCUCUAAGCUUCUUGCUGGAAAUGGGACCUUCAUUAUCGGUCAAGAACAAGACGCAUUGGGAGGUGCGUUCAAACAAAACGAGGCUUUUAGCGGCAACAUCACAGACCUGAACAUCUGGUCACAGGCGCUGGAUGGCAGUCAGAUUGCGGCAGUCAGCGGGUGUUCCCCGCCUCUUCAGCAGCAUCUCGCCUACCGAUGGAACGUGACCAGCUUGGAACUUACAUCAGUGGAAGUUGGGGAAGUUCAUCUGAAAUGUUCAGCGGCCAAUGUUUCCUCAGCAGAGUGUCGGACUUUUGAUGCUGUGUCUGGAGUUGAAAGCCGACUGGACUGUGAGCUUCCCCUCCCAUUCAUCUGCCAGUUCAACAAAGAUACGUAUCUGAAGUUGAAGAAGUUUGAGUUGGAUCCACGUAGUUCAUUCAAUGCCAAAUUGAAUGAAUUUUCCAAAAAUGUCACUGUUACUGAUUACAUGUUGCUGAGCGGAGUCAAACUUGUCCCCAAUGUUUCUGAAGCAGAAGCAGUACUGAAGGCAGUGCAACAUGCCCUGAGUGCGGAGAAUGCCACUCUGCAAGCAGCUGACCUGCUAGGUGUUAUCAACAUGCUGCAAAAUGUUGCAGGCAUGGAGGUGGAUGCAAGUGAACCCAGGGAAGGCCUGGAAGACAUGAGCCGAAGCUUCAUAGAUGUAGCUGCCGACAUUCUUGAUCAGAGCAACACAGAGAGCUGGAAUGAAAUCAGUGAGAUUGUUCCAGGGCCAAUGACAGUGGUUUAUGGUGUGGACAGAAUGAUGCAAAAUAUGAACAAGGUGUUCGCUUUUGGCCAGAAGACUCUCAUCAUUCGAAAUAAAAACAUCCAACUUGAAAUCAGACCAAAGCAGCUCAACGAUUUUGCAAAUGGGUUUAAUGUUUAUAUGGGUGAUGGGAUUAACAAAUCAUCUGAUCAAAUUGGACUUUCGAAGGAAGCAGUUGAAAGGCUCCAAAGAAAAGGUUUAACAGCCACGCUUGUGAACAUCUGGUACCUCACUGUUCCCAACUUGCUGGGGAGCAGCCCACUGGACAUGGGUGGUUUGGUGAAUACAGGUUUUGAUGAAGGAUUAAUACACGUCAGUACACAGGUGGCCUCUGCACUUAUUUCAUCCACUGUGUUCCAAGGAGGUCAGGAAGUCAAUACUCCGACUCAGUACAGACUGCUCCACAGAAUAAAGGCCAUUCCUUCUCUGAUCGUUCAUCCUCUCUGCGCCUUCUGGAAUUUCAGUCGGAAGCCAGGGACUGGUGGAAGCUGGUCCACACAUGGCUGCAGCAUCGUCCAGUCUGAUCGCCAGUCAACAACAUGUUUCUGCAACCACACCACCAACUUUGCUUUGCUUUUCCAGAUUUAUGAAACAAAGCAAAGUUCCUAUGAAGAAGCUGUACUAAUGAAGUUAACCCUGACUGGCUGCUCUGUGUCCCUGUGUGCAAUGGUGACCACGCUGAUAGUGUUUGCAGUGCUGGAAGUUCCAAACUCCGACCGAACUACCGUCCACAAAAACCUCAUCGGUGCACUGAUCGCAGCCGAGACUCUGCUGCUGGCGAGCGAAUCUGCAAGGACGCAUCGGGUGGCGUGUUGGGUCGUGACGGCUCUUCUGCACCUGUUCUUCAUGGCUGCUUUUGGCUGGAUGUUGGUGGAAGGAAUUCUCCUCUGGAGCAAGGUCAUCGCAGUCAACAUCAGCGAAGGCAGGAGGAUGAAGUAUUACUACCUGAUCGGCUGGGGAUUCCCAGUUUUUAUUGUGGUCAUCACCGUGGCAACUACCAGCGACCGAUACAUCGCUGACAAUCAUUGCUGGCUGAACAUUAAGGGCAACGUGAUCUGGGCCUUUGUUGGGCCUGUCCUUUUCACUCUAACAUUUAAUGCGUUUGUCCUGUGUCGUGUGGUGGUGAUCACAGUCUCCAGCUUCCAACGGCGCUCGGUGAUGUUGGUGUCGGGGGCCAGCCUGCCUCACCGCGUUUACUCCCAGACAUGGGCAGCUAUCAAGCCAGUGGCGAUUCUUUUGCCAGUCUUGGGUUUGACCUGGUUUUGUGGGGUUUUGGUCCAUCUCGAUAUUACACUUGGUUACAUCUUUGUUGUACUAAAUUCCUUCCAGGGCCUCUAUAUAUUCUUGGUGUACACUCUGUACAACAGCGAGGUGAGAAAUGCCAUCAAGAGAAUGAGAGAGAAAAAGAAAGCUUUGUCAUUCAAGAACUGUACAAGUUUGCGGCCAUCAAGUUGUCUUGCUGCUCCAAGAAUGACCACCGCUCUGAAUGCUGGAAACUGUUGCAGUCCUCCAGCUGAGAAGAACAUUCCCACACCAGCAAAUUCAUGCAACAAAUCUGUUAUCAGUGAAGGGAAAACCAACACAUCCAGUGAGUUGCCGGGAGCGGAGGGUCUGACGUGUUUCUCACCAGGCAUGGCACCAGAUAAACAAGAUUGUGAAGCAUCAACACUGCCGUACCACCAGAGGGAAGCACCGAGCCACUGGGUGGCUUUGUGGUCGAUAUGCGUUCAAAGACCAAACGACAACUUGUGGAAGUUGGACUUACAAGCUUCUUUGUGUUCCGGCGAUGGAUUAUAAACCUCAGCCGAAUAAGACCUCUUGUGUUGGCGAGGGAGCUCGACUGCAGAGACUGCAGUUGCUGGGAAUCCAAAAUAAAACAGCAACUGCUGGAAACACACAACAGGUCAGGCAACAUCUGUGGAGAAAGAAACAGGGUAAAUGUUUCAGGUCAAUUCUAGAAGUGAUUCCUUCCAGUCCUUCAUCUGAAACAUUAACUCUGUUUCCUUCUCCACAUGUGUUGUCCAAC